AUGGGUAUGCUUGGUGGUAUGAAUGUGAUUGUAGAAAUUGAUGAGAAGGCAGCUGCACUCGAGUUUGCCACCGAUGCUGGACUUCUUCCCAGAGAGGAUGAGGCACCACCUUGCCCCAAGUGCCAGGCACCGAUGAGAAGCAACAAGAGAAAGGAAUCGAAGCUGGGAUGGCGUACAAAAAUCCCAAUAAGGGAAGCUUUAGUCAUAACUGUGUACUUUGUUCUAGAUCACAGUUUCAGCUACAUAAAUCAGCAGCUAAAGCUAUGGAGGGAAAAGCAAAAAUUACCAGUAAUUGCAAAUGAGACUAUUGUUGACUUUUUAUCAUAUUGUCGUGAGGUAUGUGAAAUUUUUGCCUCUCAUCAUAGCAGAAUGUUAGGUGGUAAAGGAAAAUCUAUAUUAAUUGAUGAAACAUUUUUGACCCGCCGCAAGUACAACCGCGGCAGGGUAACCAAAAAUAUGACCAUCGUAGUUUUAGGCAUCUACUGUCGAGAAGACAAAGAAGGAUUAUUUUUCAAGGUUAAAGGAAAAAGCAAAAGGCAUUUGUGGCCUUACAUUAAACGUCAUGUUCACCCAGAAACCACCUUCAUAUACACUGACUCUGCUCCACAAUAUAAAAGGAUAGAAAAUUUAUUUCCGGCAGCAACACAUAAAACUACCAAUCACAAGAAAGGCGUAUUCGUAGAUCCCGAUGAUAAACAGAACACUAUAAAUGAUCUUGAGGGUGAAAACAAACUUUUUAAGAGGUCUAUAAAGAGCAAGAGAACAGAUGAUAUUUGCACGCAGUACAUGGCUGUACAUUAUUACAGGCGGUUCCGCUUGAAGCCCUUUACUUAUGAUGGAGAAAGACUUGCUCAGUUUCUACAGGACAUUAAAGCUGUGUAUCCAGGCCAUGGAAAAGUCGGCCUUGAACUUAAAAUGUUGGACGAACCAACAUCAGAAAGCGAAGGAAUUGAGGACCUGAUGCCUCCAAAGAAAUCAGCCCGACAAGAUGAUGAUAUACCAUUCAUUCAGGAAGAUGAUGAUAAAUGGGAAUUCAACCAAAAAACAGAGCCCAGAAAACAAAAGGAUGGAAAUGUUGCGAAAAUGUUGCAUAUCUUUUACAGAAAGAGCUGCAGAUCCAAAAUGUCAUGAAAUACUAUGACAGAGGUAAGACAAAAUUUUAACCAUUCACAGCUUAUGUUUCAAAUUAGUGCUUCACUUUAUUUUAAUACUACUCCUUCAGUAAAAGCAACUGUAAAAUUUAUUUAGUUAUUAUUAGUAUAAGUUUACCUACUUAUUUUUCAGUAAAAAAAACUUUAUUGCAAAUUAGGUAAUCCAAAAAAAUAAAUAAAAGAAAGAAGAAAACUAAUUUUGACAGAUAAAUUGACAAACAUAGAGGUGAGUUGAUUAAUUUAAAGGUUUCCAGCCUACUUCUUACCAGAAAACAUUUUAUUGUUAAGGAUAAUUUAUCACCCCUUUCAGGUAAAGAAUAUUGCA